AUGGAUUUGAAGGAAGACCUGUUGGUUUGGUACAAUUUUCUAGACGCGUUCAACGAUGCAGCGGUUCCGGGAACUUCUACCGGACGCCGAUCGGGAGGGUUUCCCAUGCCCAGAGCAUCUAUGGAAUUUGAUGUGAGCCUUAUUUCAGGAACCAUCCGCAAUUCGGUGGCACCAAAAACUUGGGCGGAAUACUCUUCUGCGUGGCAAAAGUGGUCGUUUUUUAACGUGGACAUGGAAGACUGCUGUAAGAGCUUCAUCAUUCCAAGACAGCUCAGCGGCAAGAGUGUUGAACUGAAUGGCAUAUUGCCCAACCCAGAGGCUGUCUUAGCAGAGACGCAGAAGUGCACCUGCAGCAGAGGACGCAAGAGCAGGUUCAUCGAAAAUCUUCUUAAAAAGGGCAAGGAAUACAACUAUGUCACUAGUAACAGGAUCAGCCUUCUCCCACAGGGGAGAGGCCCAGGCCAAAGCUUCAACAUCCCCUUAGAAAAUAAAGAACCUGAAGAACAUCUUGAUGACAUGUGUGAAUCGACCUCCCCCAGCCCUGUGUACAAAGAGGAUAAAAAAGAGAAUGUGAACAGCUUGUGUGACCUGCAGUCUCCUAGCCUUGUAACUCCUCAGGGAGAUACAGGAAUGGAAGAGAAUGUUGACAUAUUGGGGGGACUGGAGCCUUCUGCCGCCAUACCCCCCUUGAAGAAUAAAGAAACUGAAGAUCAUCUUGAAGACAUACGUGAAAUGACAUCCCCCGGCCUCGUGUACCCACAGGAUAAAAAAGAGAACGUGAGCAGCUUGUGUGACCUGGAGCCUCCCAGCCUCAUGGCCACCAAGGAGCCAAACAAAACUGAAGAUAAACUUGAUGGUGUGUGUGAACUAGCAUCUCCUAGCCAUGUAUCGCGAUGUAUUCCUGAUGAUCAGCCUUCGUCUCGUUAUACAUCUGUGGAAGUCGAUGAUCUUCAUACCAGAGAAACCACCUUUCAUCAGCUUGUAGAGAGAAUGAACAUGAAACCUUACCUGGCUUCAAAAUUGACUCUGAGGGAUAUCCUGAGUAUUGGUUUAGAGAAUGUUCAUGGCCAACCUCCUAAAACUGUAGAGGAUCUACCCUGGAAUUACUUGAGGAAACUCAUGGCCUUAAACAGGACUAUGAGAGACAUUCUUGAGAAAGAUAAAGAUGUAAAUGACAAUUAUGAUAAUGAUGAUGAUGAUGACAACCUAUUUAAUGCUUCUUUGGUUUCAGGUGACAAUUCAUCAGCCUCCAUUCACCCCCUGGAUGUUCUGUGUGUUCUCCUGCAUUGCUCAGACAGUUUUCUGCAACAAGAAAUUGUAAGCAAAUUGUCCAUGUGUCAGUUCGCUGUUCCUCUUCUGUUCCCAGCUAGUGACGGGUCACACUGCACCCUCAUGCUGGGGGCAAUGAGGGACAUUGUGAAAAAGUGGAGACCUCAGUCCCUAGCUGACAUUAAAGGGUUCAGAGAAGAAAAUGUGGUGAAUACUUCAAUGCCGAUCUUCUCUUUUGUCAGACUAGGAAAAAACAAGUUAUCCAAAUCUAAAAUCCUUAACCAAGUGCUUAAUCCAGCUCAACUACAUAAUAACUUCUUCAUACAUGACAAUAUGGAGGGAGGAAACAUUAAGAGACAAAUAUCUGAUGGACUGGUGGAAAUGUCCUGGUAUUUUCCUUGUGGUAAGUCUGAUGUUUUCCCAGAGCCCAUUGCAGUCACCAACCUACGAGGAGACGUGGAGACCAAUGGGGACCAGUUCAUGUUUCUGACUCAAAUUUCAUCGGCUGUGUUUAUAUUUCUUGAGAGUAUUUCUGAGGGAGAAUUCAGAUUGUUAUCAACUUGUCAUACCACUGACACUCAGUACUACUUUAUUGUUACCCCUGGUCCUGGGAAAGCGGUCAGUGCACAGACACAGAAGACUCUUCAAAACCUAAAGCCAGCGCUAAAGUUGAAAAAAUCAAAUGUGAUAAUGCAUGACGGAACGGCAAACGAGGCAGCAUUUGUAAAAAAACUGCAAAGUAUUUUUGUUAAUUUCUUAAACAGUAAAUCAAAAAAGAAUAGUUUGAGAGAUCUUGAGAAAGAAACUUGUGAAUUGCACAUCCAAGUGGAUGAGAGUGUUGCUGAAUGUCAGAAAGCCAGGGACCAUGCCAAACAAAUUACAGAAGAAAUAACAAAUGUGUCUGAGUACAAGAAAAACACUUUGACAUUACAGGGAGAUCUCUGGAGAAAGCUAUCUAAAUUAGAGAAGGAACUUUGCAGAAUGACGAAUCAAAAGGGUAAAGAAACGCAACAAUAUAAAGAUGAACUGGAAAAGGAACAAAUAUCAUUGCAUGAAGAACAACAUAAGCAUGAUCUGCCUCCUGGUUUAAAGCUCUUUAUUGAAGCAAUCGCUGAUUUUUUUCAGACUGAGAAACAAUAUUUUAUAAAAUGGAUGAAACUUGAACUUGAUUCAAUUGCUAGAGAUCAUCUUUCUACUCUACAAGCUCAAUACAAAGAAAAAUGUAACAACAUCUCAAGUAAUAAGAAAGAGCUCAAACAGAUAGACCAGAAAAUUGCUGACAGUUCGUUAGGCAUUGAACAUUUCCUGCGUGAGAUGGGACAGUUUUAUGAAGCUGAAUGUUCCAUGGUUAAGGUAAACAAAAUAACUAAAAGAUUUAGGCAAUUUGUUAGACUACCAGAAAUUGCUGCUAAUCUCUUGUUAGAUGGGUUCCCGUUGGAGCUGAUAGAUGGAGAUGUCUCCAACAUUCCCCUAGGGUGGAUAACUGAUGUUCUCAAAGAACUGGACCGUAAAACAGGAGGAAAAUGCAGAAUGAGAGUGAUCACAGUGCUGGGUGUGCAGAGUACGGGGAAGUCCACCCUUCUCAACACCAUGUUUGGUUUGCAGUUCCCAGUGGCCAGUGGAAGAUGUACACGAGGAGCCUUCAUGACUCUUUUGAAUGUGAAAGAGAACCUCCAUGAGGAGCUGGGCUGUCACUUCAUCCUGGUCAUUGACACUGAGGGGCUGAAAGCUCCAGAGUUGGCUUCUUUGGAGAGCAGUUAUGAACAUGACAAUGAACUGGCCACACUAGUGGUCGGGUUGAGUGAUAUCACCAUUAUCAAUAUGGCCAUGGAGAACACCACAGAAAUGAAGGAUAUUUUACAGAUUGUGGUCCAUGCUUUUCUGAGAAUGAAAGAAAUAGGAAAGAGACCCAACUGCCAGUUUGUACACCAGAAUGUGAGUGAUGUGUCCGCUCAUGAAAAGAACAUGAGAGACCGGAAGAAACUUCUGGAACAACUAAAUGAAACGACAAAAGUAGCUGCUGCAAUGGAGAAUAAGAGUGAAAUCAAAACUUUCAGUGAUGUCAUGAACUACAACCUGGAGAAAGACAAUUGGUACAUUCCUGGACUGUGGCUUGGUGUCCCUCCAAUGGCUCCAGUAAAUUCUGGGUACAGUGAACAUGUGUCUGAAUUAAAAAAGUAUUUAUUAGAAUUAAUGAAAACCAAGAAAUCGCAGAACAAGCCUUCAACCGUUCCGGAAUUUAUAGAAUGGAUUAAAAGUUUAUGGAAUGCUGUCAAACAUGAGAAAUUCCUCUUCAGUUUCAGGAACAGUUUAGUGGCAGACGCUUAUAAUAAACUGUGUAUACAAUACUCACAGUGGGAAUGGGAGUUCCAAAAAGCUGUCCAUGAAUGGCAGAUCCAUACAGAGACAAACAUUAAGAAUCAGACUACAGAAAGUCUAAAUGAUGAAUUGUGUUCAGAAUUUAAGGAUGAGCUCAACAGAUUGCUACUUAAAGAAAAAACUGAAAUGGUGAAAUUGCUGGAAAACUAUUUUAACAAUGAAAAUGAAAAUGUUCAUCUUAUAAUACGAUACAAAGAGGAGUUCACUUUAGGAAUAGAGUCCCUGAGGAAAGAAUUGGAAAUAAAUGCUCUUAGCAGGAUUGAUGAGGCUGUUUCUGUGCAGAAAGGGAAAUUCAAAAUUGAGAAAAUCAAGAGCGGCUCCCAGAAACUAAUAGAAGACAAAAUCACAGAUCUGCUUGGAAAGUGCAGAGAGAAGAAUGAGAAACUAAGUCAACGAGAGUUACAGGAUACAUUUGAGGAGAUGUGGGAGAAGACACUGACAGAGCAACAGAUAGAGAAAUUACCAAGACGUAUAGUUAGUAAGCCAAUGCUGACACAACUGAGGAAUGACAUGAGUACUAAAGGACCAGAUAUAAAUGAAGCCUUACUACGUGUACACAACUUAGAAGAGAACAUAAAAUAUUUUUUCAAAAUAGACGAAAAACAUAUUCAGACUGGGACUCUAGAGAAAGUCAAGAAAUGGUUCCGCUAUGAAAACAAGGAAGUGUACGAUAAAAUAGAAAAUUUUGCUGUUUCUGUAAUAAAUAAGUGUGACACAUUUGUCAGAGAGAAGGUCAAAACUGAACAAGAUUAUGAUGACACCUACUGCCGGGAAAUACUCCACAUGAUCAAUACAGAGCUCAGUAAAGAGCCAAAAAAUCUUAACUUCUCCUCACAUUUUGAAUUGGAUAUCAAGUGUCACAUUCUGGGAAGAGCAUCCCAAGAAUUUCAGGCAAUGCACGACAAGUUUAUAGAGACUAAUGAUCCAAAACUUUCUCUGGAAAGGCUAAAGCCGGGAUAUUUACAAAUAUUUACCUGUACAUUUGAAGAAAAAGAUAUACGUCAGACUAAGGCCAAAGAAUUUUGUGAGCGAUGCCUAAAACCAGCCAUGAAGGAUCAUGUCUUCAAGCAUCUUGGAAAUAAAAUAGUAGAUGACAUAUUACACGGCUCAGACAACAAGAAAUUCCGCAGCAGAACCUUCUUUCAGAGUUUUUUGAUGAAAGAUCUGCUGGAAGAAGAGUCAUUCCAGAAAUAUGUGACAUUCAUUGGCUCAUAUGAGGAAUAUACAAGAGACUGGAUACAGAACUACAUUGAAGAGAAAUAUGGAGAUCCACAAUUCCUGAAACCCUUAGAAGAAAAUAUUAUCUCUUCAGUGACUACAAAAGUAAAAGCAGCUCUUAAAGGAGACAAAUGUCUCAGAAGUUCUUAUAUCUCAUAUUUCCUGAAAUGUGUGUGUGAGUUGCUGCAAAAUGAAUUGGUGAUUCCACAGGAUGAGAUGAAAUUGAUAACUUUUCAGAACACGGCUGAUGUUGUUCAGUUUUCAGAUAACAUUUUGCUCUUCCUCAAGGACACAGAAUCAGGAAUCUUAUCAGAGCUGCAAUCUAUGAAUAUAAAGUCUGUACUCUCUAUGGUGACAAUGAAGCCUCAGGAUGAAUUGUUCAGGAAGGUUGUUGGCUGUGGGAAGCAAUGUCCAUUCUGUAAGGUACCCUGUGAGGCCGGAGGUGGUGAGCACAAGGAGCACUUUGCUACUAUCCAUAGACCUGAUGGACUGGGGAGAUACAGAUGGAGUUUAAGUGAAGAAUUAACCACUGAUAUAUGCUCAUCAUCUGUUAUAUCUGAUAAUCGCUUUAAAAAUACAGACACAGAUGUUUCUUGGCACCCAUACAAAAACUAUCGUGAGAUUUAUCCAGACUGGUCAAUUCAGCCAGAUGCCAGCAUCGAGUCCUCCGAUUACUGGAAAUAUAUUUUUGUUAUGUAUAAUGAGAAGUUUGCUGAAGAAUACAAAGCUAAACCAGCAAAACUGCCGGAUGGCUGGAGGAAGAUCACAAAGAAAGAUGUUUUGGGCAGCUUAGCCCGCGUGUUCAAUGAAAAUCCAUAG